GGUGGCUGCAGCCAGCGGGCGGGGCGGGGCCGGCGGGAGCGGCGGCCUUUAGGGCGGAGCCGGCUCCGCUGUCCGCAGUCGGCCGCGGGCUAGCGGACACGGCGUCUUCGGGCUCCUGUUCCUCUCGCUCUCUGCUUCCUUGCGCCGGGCGGUGACCGUCCUUCUCGACUUUCUCUCUUUCUCUCUCUCCCUUCCGCGGAUCCGCCAUGUCGGAGCCGGGCGGCGGCGGCGAGGACGGCUCGGCCGGCCUGGAGGUGUCGGCGGUGCAGAAUGUGGCGGACGUGGCGGUGCUGCAGAAGCACCUGCGCAAGCUGGUGCCGCUGCUGCUGGAGGACGGCGGCGACGCGCCGGCCGCGCUGGAGGCGGCGCUGGAGGAGAAGAGCGCCCUGGAGCAGAUGCGCAAGUUCCUGUCAGACCCGCAGGUCCACACGGUCCUGGUGGAGCGCUCCACCCUCAAAGAGGAUGUUGGUGAUGAAGGAGAAGAGGAGAAAGAAUUCAUUUCCUAUAACAUCAACAUAGACAUUCAUUACGGGGUCAAAUCCAAUAGCUUGGCAUUCAUCAAGCGAACUCCUGUGAUUGAUGCAGAUAAGCCAGUGUCUUCCCAGCUCCGAGUCCUCACUCUUAGUGAAGACUCACCCUAUGAAACACUGCAUUCUUUCAUCAGCAAUGCAGUGGCUCCUUUUUUCAAGUCCUACAUCAGAGAGUCUGGCAAGGCAGACAGGGAUGGUGAUAAGAUGGCUCCUUCAGUUGAAAAAAAGAUUGCAGAACUUGAGAUGGGACUCCUUCACCUGCAGCAAAAUAUUGAGAUCCCAGAGAUCAGCUUGCCUAUUCAUCCCAUUAUCACGAACGUUGCAAAGCAGUGCUAUGAGCGUGGAGAAAAGCCCAAAGUUACAGAUUUUGGUGAUAAGGUUGAAGACCCAACUUUUCUUAACCAAUUACAGUCUGGAGUUAAUCGGUGGAUCCGAGAAAUUCAAAAGGUGACCAAACUCGAUCGAGAUCCUGCGUCGGGAACUGCCUUGCAAGAAAUCAGCUUUUGGCUAAACUUGGAACGUGCACUGUACCGCAUCCAGGAGAAACGGGAGAGCCCUGAGGUCCUCCUGACUCUGGACAUCUUGAAGCAUGGCAAACGUUUCCACGCCACUGUCAGUUUUGACACUGACACAGGUCUCAAGCAGGCAUUGGAAACAGUGAAUGACUACAAUCCUCUGAUGAAAGAUUUCCCUCUAAAUGACUUGCUCUCUGCCACUGAGCUGGACAAAAUAAGGCAGGCACUUGUUGCAAUUUUCACACAUCUGAGGAAGAUCCGAAACACAAAAUACCCCAUUCAGCGGGCACUGCGUCUUGUGGAGGCAAUUUCCAGAGACUUGAGUUCUCAGCUGCUCAAAGUCUUGGGCACUAGGAAGCUGAUGCAUGUAGCUUAUGAAGAAUUUGAAAAAGUCAUGGUGGCUUGCUUCGAAGUCUUCCAGACGUGGGAUGAUGAGUAUGAGAAGCUCCAAGUGCUGCUGAGAGACAUUGUCAAGAGGAAGAGGGAAGAGAACCUGAAGAUGGUGUGGCGCAUCAACCCUGCUCACAGGAAGCUUCAGGCGCGGCUUGACCAGAUGAGAAAGUUCCGACGCCAGCAUGAGCAGCUGAGAGCGGUCAUUGUCAGGGUCCUGAGGCCACAGGUCACAGCAGUUGCACAACAGAACCAGGGAGAGGCACCUGAACCCCAAGACAUGAAGGUGGCUGAAGUCCUCUUUGAUGCUGCAGAUGCCAAUGCUAUCGAGGAGGUGAACCUGGCCUAUGAGAAUGUCAAGGAAGUGGAUGGGCUGGAUGUUUCCAAAGAAGGUACAGAGGCUUGGGAGGCUGCCAUGAAGAGAUACGAUGAGAGGAUCGACCGUGUGGAGACCCGCAUCACUGCCCGCCUUCGAGAUCAGCUCGGCACAGCCAAGAAUGCCAACGAGAUGUUUAGGAUUUUCUCCAGGUUCAAUGCACUGUUCGUUCGCCCACACAUCCGAGGGGCCAUCCGAGAAUACCAGACCCAGCUGAUCCAGCGUGUAAAAGAUGACAUCGAAUCUCUGCACGACAAGUUCAAGGUCCAGUACCCUCAAAGCCAAGCUUGUAAAAUGAGUCAUGUCCGUGACUUGCCUCCUGUGUCAGGGUCUAUCAUCUGGGCUAAACAGAUUGACAGACAGCUCACUGCCUACAUGAAGAGAGUGGAAGAUGUCCUGGGCAAAGGCUGGGAGAACCACGUGGAAGGGCAGAAGCUGAAGCAGGAUGGAGACAGCUUUCGAAUGAAGCUCAACACCCAGGAGAUCUUCGAUGACUGGGCAAGGAAGGUUCAGCAGCGCAACCUUGGUGUCUCGGGGCGCAUCUUCACCAUUGAGAGUGCUCGUGUGCGGGGUCGCACUGGGAACGUGCUCAAGCUGAAGGUGAACUUCCUUCCAGAGAUCAUAACUCUGUCCAAAGAAGUGCGAAACCUCAAGUGGCUUGGCUUCCGUGUGCCACUUGCAAUUGUGAACAAGGCUCACCAAGCCAACCAACUCUACCCAUUUGCCAUCUCACUGAUUGAAAGUGUCCGCACUUACGAACGUACCUGUGAGAAGGUGGAGGAGCGUAACACCAUCUCGCUCUUGGUGGCCGGCUUGAAAAAGGAGGUGCAGGCCUUGAUCGCAGAAGGCAUUGCCUUGGUGUGGGAGUCCUACAAACUCGACCCCUACGUGCAGCGCCUGGCAGAGACGGUGUUCAACUUCCAGGAGAAGGUGGACGAUCUCCUGAUAAUUGAGGAAAAAAUAGACCUGGAAGUCCGUUCCUUGGAAACCUGCAUGUAUGACCACAAGACCUUCUCCGAAAUCUUGAACCGAGUUCAGAAAGCAGUGGACGACCUCAACCUGCACUCCUAUUCCAACCUGCCCAUCUGGGUCAACAAGCUGGACAUGGAGAUCGAAAGGAUCCUGGGUGUUCGUCUGCAAGCUGGACUCAGAGCUUGGACCCAGGUUCUGCUUGGACAAGCAGAAGAUAAAGCAGAAGUUGACAUGGAUACAGACGCUCCACAAGUUAGUCACAAGCCUGGGGGAGAGCCAAAGAUCAAAAACGUUGUUCAUGAGCUAAGAAUAACAAACCAGGUAAUCUAUUUGAAUCCACCCAUCGAAGAGUGCAGGUACAAGCUAUACCAGGAGAUGUUCGCCUGGAAGAUGGUUGUGCUGUCCCUGCCCAGGAUCCAGAGUCAGAGGUACCAGGUGGGCGUGCAUUAUGAAUUGACUGAGGAAGAGAAGUUCUAUCGGAAUGCAUUGACACGCAUGCCCGAUGGCCCUGUCGCCCUGGAAGAGUCAUACUCGGCGGUCAUGGGCAUUGUGACUGAAGUUGAGCAGUAUGUUAAGGUCUGGCUUCAGUACCAGUGCUUAUGGGACAUGCAGGCGGAGAACAUCUACAACAGGCUUGGGGAAGACCUCAACAAGUGGCAGGCCCUCCUGGUCCAGAUAAGGAAGGCCAGAGGGACCUUCGACAACGCAGAGACCAAGAAAGAGUUUGGACCUGUGGUGAUCGAUUACGGCAAGGUCCAGUCCAAGGUGAACUUGAAGUAUGACUCCUGGCAUAAGGAGGUGCUCAGCAAAUUUGGGCAGAUGCUGGGGUCCAACAUGACGGAAUUCCAUUCCCAGAUCUCAAAGUCUCGCCAAGAGCUGGAGCAGCACUCUGUGGACACGGCCAGUACCUCUGACGCAGUGACCUUCAUCACCUAUGUGCAGUCUCUAAAACGCAAGAUCAAGCAGUUUGAGAAGCAAGUGGAACUCUACCGCAAUGGGCAGCGGCUGCUGGAAAAACAAAGGUUCCAGUUCCCACCUUCUUGGCUUUACAUUGACAACAUCGAGGGUGAGUGGGGGGCCUUCAAUGACAUCAUGCGCCGGAAGGACUCUGCCAUUCAGCAACAGGUGGCAAACCUGCAAAUGAAGAUCGUGCAGGAGGACCGAGCUGUGGAAAGCCGCACCACCGAUCUGUUGACAGACUGGGAGAAGACCAAACCCGUCACGGGCAAUUUGCGCCCCGAGGAGGCUCUUCAGGCCCUGACCAUAUACGAAGGGAAGUUUGGCCGGCUGAAGGAUGACAGAGAGAAAUGUGCAAAGGCCAAGGAAGCGCUGGAACUGACAGACACGGGACUCCUCAGUGGCAGUGAAGAGCGUGUACAGGUGGCCUUGGAGGAAUUACAGGACCUCAAAGGUGUUUGGUCAGAGCUUUCUAAGGUCUGGGAACAAAUUGAUCAAAUGAAGGAGCAACCAUGGGUCUCAGUUCAGCCUCGUAAGCUUCGACAGAACUUAGAUGGCCUCUUGAACCAGCUGAAGAACUUCCCUGCGCGGCUUCGGCAGUACGCCUCCUAUGAGUUUGUUCAGAGGCUGCUGAAAGGCUACAUGAAGAUUAACAUGCUGGUAAUUGAACUGAAGUCUGAGGCGCUUAAAGACCGGCAUUGGAAACAGCUGAUGAAGAGGCUUCACGUGAACUGGGUGGUUUCUGAGCUGACCCUGGGCCAGAUCUGGGAUGUUGACCUCCAGAAGAAUGAAGCUGUUGUCAAGGAUGUACUGCUGGUGGCACAAGGGGAGAUGGCUUUGGAGGAAUUUUUGAAGCAGAUACGGGAAGUGUGGAAUACAUACGAACUGGACUUAGUCAACUAUCAGAACAAGUGCCGCCUGAUCCGAGGCUGGGAUGAUCUCUUCAACAAGGUCAAGGAGCACAUCAACAGCGUGUCCGCCAUGAAGCUCUCUCCAUACUAUAAGGUGUUUGAAGAAGAUGCCCUGAGCUGGGAAGACAAGCUGAACCGGAUCAUGGCCCUCUUCGACGUGUGGAUUGAUGUGCAGAGGCGCUGGGUCUACUUGGAGGGCAUCUUCACAGGCAGUGCGGACAUCAAACAUCUGCUGCCCGUGGAAACCCAGCGCUUCCAGAGUAUCAGCACAGAGUUUUUGGCUCUGAUGAAAAAAGUCUCCAAGUCUCCACUUGUGAUGGAUGUUCUGAACAUACAGGGAGUACAGCGGUCUCUGGAGCGGUUGGCAGACCUGCUCGGAAAGAUCCAGAAAGCCUUGGGGGAAUACCUAGAACGAGAGCGGUCGUCUUUCCCCAGGUUCUACUUUGUGGGUGACGAAGAUCUGCUUGAAAUCAUUGGAAAUAGCAAGAAUGUCGCUAAGUUGCAGAAGCACUUCAAGAAAAUGUUCGCUGGCGUUUCCAGCAUCAUCUUAAAUGAGGACAACUCUGUGGUCCUUGGCAUUUCAUCUCGAGAAGGAGAGGAGGUUAUGUUUAAAACUCCAGUGUCCAUCACUGAACACCCCAAAAUCAAUGAGUGGCUCACUCUGGUGGAAAAGGAAAUGAGAGUCACCCUGGCUAAACUUCUGGCAGAGUCCGUUACAGAAGUGGAGAUUUUUGGAAAAGCAACCUCAAUUGACCCAAAUACCUAUAUUACUUGGAUUGAUAAAUACCAGGCCCAGUUAGUGGUAUUGUCAGCCCAAAUAGCCUGGUCUGAAAACGUGGAGAAUGCGCUAAGCAGCGUCGGGGGAGGUGGUGAUGUGGCCCCCUUACAGUCCGUGCUGAGCAAUGUGGAGGUCACCCUCAACGUGUUAGCAGACUCUGUCCUCAUGGAGCAGCCCCCUCUCCGAAGACGGAAGCUGGAGCACUUGAUCACAGAGUUGGUUCACCAAAGAGAUGUUACCAGAUCCUUGAUCAAAAGCAAAAUCGACAACGCCAAGUCUUUUGAAUGGCUCAGCCAGAUGCGGUUUUACUUUGACCCUAAGCAGACUGACGUGCUCCAGCAGCUAUCCAUUCAGAUGGCAAACGCCAAGUUUAACUAUGGCUUUGAGUACCUGGGCGUUCAGGACAAGCUGGUCCAGACACCCCUCACUGACCGCUGCUAUUUGACAAUGACACAGGCCUUGGAGGCCAGGCUUGGGGGCUCUCCAUUUGGACCUGCUGGAACUGGGAAGACUGAGUCCGUCAAAGCCCUUGGCCAUCAGCUGGGGCGCUUUGUCCUGGUCUUCAAUUGUGAUGAGACCUUCGAUUUCCAAGCGAUGGGACGGAUCUUUGUGGGGCUUUGCCAGGUGGGCGCCUGGGGCUGCUUUGAUGAGUUUAACCGCCUGGAGGAGCGGAUGCUCUCGGCCGUGUCCCAGCAGGUGCAGUGCAUACAAGAGGCACUCCGGGAGCACUCCAACCCCAACUAUGAUAAGACCUCCGCCCCCAUUACCUGUGAGCUGCUGAACAAACAGGUCAAGGUUAGCCCAGACAUGGCUAUCUUCAUCACCAUGAACCCAGGCUACGCAGGCCGCUCAAACCUCCCUGACAACCUCAAGAAGCUGUUCCGGAGCUUGGCCAUGACCAAGCCUGACCGGCAGCUGAUCGCCCAGGUCAUGCUGUACUCACAGGGCUUCCGGACUGCUGAGGUCCUCGCCAACAAAAUCGUCCCGUUCUUUAAACUCUGUGAUGAGCAGCUGUCUUCUCAAAGCCAUUAUGACUUUGGUCUUCGGGCUUUGAAGAGUGUGCUCGUGAGUGCAGGCAAUGUGAAGAGGGAGAGGAUCCAGAAGAUAAAGAGGGAGAAAGAAGAAAGGGGGGAAGCGGUUGAUGAAGGAGAGAUCGCUGAGAAUCUGCCUGAGCAGGAGAUUCUGAUCCAGAGUGUCUGCGAGACCAUGGUGCCCAAGCUGGUGGCAGAAGACAUCCCGCUGCUCUUCAGCCUCCUGUCGGAUGUGUUCCCUGGAGUUCAGUACCACCGUGGGGAGAUGACGGCCCUGCGGGAGGAGCUGAAGAAAGUGUGUCAGGAGAUGUACUUGACUUACGGCGAUGGAGAAGAAGUCGGAGGGAUGUGGGUUGAAAAGGUUCUGCAGCUCUAUCAGAUCACCCAGAUUAACCAUGGCCUGAUGAUGGUUGGGCCUUCCGGAAGUGGAAAGAGCAUGGCUUGGCGUGUGCUGCUGAAGGCUCUGGAGAGGCUUGAGGGUGUGGAGGGUGUGGCCCACAUAAUUGACCCCAAAGCCAUCAGCAAAGACCACCUCUACGGAACCUUGGACCCCAACACCAGGGAGUGGACCGAUGGACUCUUCACACAUGUGCUGAGAAAGAUCAUAGACAAUGUGAGAGGUGAGCUGCAGAAGCGCCAGUGGAUUGUCUUUGACGGUGACGUGGACCCCGAGUGGGUGGAGAACCUGAACUCUGUGCUAGACGACAACAAGCUCUUGACCCUGCCUAAUGGAGAGCGCCUCAGCCUGCCACCCAACGUACGAAUAAUGUUUGAAGUGCAGGACUUGAAAUACGCAACCCUGGCCACAGUGUCGCGCUGCGGCAUGGUGUGGUUCAGUGAGGAUGUGCUGAGCACAGACAUGAUCUUCAAUAACUUCCUGGCCAGGCUGCGCAGCAUCCCCCUGGAUGAAGGGGAGGACGAGGCACAGCGGAGGCGAAAAGGCAAAGAAGACGAGGGCGAAGAGGCCGCUUCUCCAAUGCUACAGAUUCAAAGAGAUGCAGCCACGAUUAUGCAGCCGUACUUCACGUCCAAUGGCUUGGUCACCAAGGCCCUGGAGCAUGCCUUCAAGCUGGAGCACAUCAUGGACCUGACCCGCCUGCGCUGCCUCGGCUCGCUCUUCUCCAUGCUGCACCAGGCCUGCCGCAACGUGGCACAGUACAACGCCAACCAUCCCGACUUCCCCAUGCAGAUUGAGCAGCUGGAACGCUACAUUCAGCGCUAUCUGGUCUAUGCCAUCCUCUGGUCCCUGUCUGGAGACAGCCGUCUGAAAAUGAGAGCAGAGCUGGGCGAGUACAUCAGACGGAUCACCACCGUGCCGCUGCCCACGGCACCCAACAUCCCCAUCAUUGAUUAUGAAGUGUCCAUCAGUGGAGAGUGGUCGCCGUGGCAGGCCAAGGUGCCUCAGAUUGAAGUGGAGACACACAAGGUAGCAGCCCCAGAUGUCGUCGUGCCGACUCUAGACACAGUCCGCCACGAAGCUCUCUUGUAUACUUGGCUGGCUGAACACAAGCCCCUGGUUUUAUGCGGCCCUCCUGGAUCUGGCAAGACUAUGACACUGUUCAGUGCCCUCCGGGCCUUGCCGGACAUGGAGGUCGUGGGCCUUAACUUUUCAAGCGCCACUACCCCAGAGCUGCUGCUGAAGACUUUUGACCACUACUGCGAGUACAGGCGCACACCGAACGGCGUCGUCCUGGCUCCUGUUCAACUUGGAAAGUGGCUGGUCUUGUUCUGUGACGAGAUCAACUUGCCAGAUAUGGAUAAAUAUGGCACCCAGAGGGUCAUCUCCUUCAUCAGACAGAUGGUGGAGCAUGGAGGCUUCUAUCGUACCUCAGACCAGACGUGGGUAAAGCUAGAGAGAAUCCAGUUUGUCGGGGCUUGCAAUCCACCCACGGACCCUGGGAGAAAGCCCCUCUCACACAGGUUCUUACGCCACGUGCCUGUCGUCUAUGUGGAUUACCCAGGACCGGCCUCCCUGACACAGAUCUAUGGCACCUUCAACCGAGCCAUGCUGAGGCUCAUUCCCUCGCUCCGCACCUAUGCAGAACCCCUCACCGCUGCCAUGGUGGAGUUCUAUACCAUGUCACAGGAGAGGUUCACUCAGGAUACGCAGCCACACUAUAUCUAUUCACCCCGUGAGAUGACUAGGUGGGUGAGAGGCAUCUUUGAAGCCCUGAGGCCCCUGGAGACAUUGCCUGUUGAAGGCCUCAUUCGCAUUUGGGCACACGAAGCCCUGCGUCUCUUCCAAGACAGACUUGUGGAGGACGAAGAGCGGCGCUGGACGGAUGAGAACAUCGACAUGGUUGCUCUGAAGCACUUCCCGAACAUAGACAAAGAGAAGGCCAUGAGCCGGCCUAUUCUGUACAGCAACUGGCUGUCCAAGGAUUACAUCCCAGUAGACCAAGAAGAGCUAAGAGACUAUGUCAAGGCUCGGCUAAAGGUCUUCUAUGAAGAAGAACUGGAUGUUCCCUUGGUCUUGUUCAAUGAAGUGCUGGACCAUGUGCUCAGGAUUGACAGAAUAUUCCGACAGCCUCAAGGUCAUUUGCUUCUGAUUGGUGUUAGUGGAGCUGGCAAAACCACCCUGUCUCGUUUUGUCGCCUGGAUGAAUGGCUUGAGCGUGUACCAGAUUAAGGUCCACAGGAAGUACACAGGGGAAGACUUUGAUGAAGAUCUGAGGACAGUGCUGAGACGUUCUGGCUGUAAAAAUGAAAAGAUAGCGUUCAUAAUGGACGAGUCCAAUGUCCUGGAUUCUGGGUUCCUGGAGCGAAUGAAUACCCUUCUGGCCAAUGGGGAGGUUCCGGGGCUCUUUGAAGGGGAUGAGUACGCCACACUGAUGACUCAGUGCAAAGAGGGGGCCCAGAAGGAAGGCCUGAUGCUGGACUCGCACGAGGAGCUCUACAAGUGGUUCACCAGCCAGGUGAUCCGCAACCUGCACGUGGUGUUCACCAUGAACCCGUCCUCGGAGGGGCUCAAGGACCGGGCAGCCACGUCACCGGCCCUUUUCAACAGGUGUGUGCUGAAUUGGUUUGGUGACUGGUCCACUGAAGCGCUGUAUCAGGUCGGCAAAGAAUUCACCAGUAAAAUGGACCUGGAGAAGCCCAACUAUAUAGUCCCUGACUACAUGCCAGUGGUGUACGACAAGCUGCCGCAGCCCCCGACACACCGGGAAGCCAUCGUGAACAGCUGUGUGUUCGUCCAUCAGACUCUUCACCAGGCCAACGCACGCCUGGCAAAGCGAGGAGGGAGAACGAUGGCCAUCACGCCCCGGCACUACCUGGACUUCAUCAACCACUACGCCAACCUCUUCCACGAGAAGCGCAGCGAGCUGGAGGAGCAGCAGAUGCACCUGAAUGUCGGGCUCCGGAAAAUCAAAGAAACCGUCGACCAGGUGGAAGAACUGCGCCGGGACUUGAGGAUCAAGAGCCAAGAGCUGGAAGUGAAGAACGCGGCCGCCAACGACAAGCUGAAGAAAAUGGUGAAGGACCAGCAAGAGGCUGAAAAGAAAAAGGUCAUGAGCCAGGAAAUCCAGGAGCAGCUGCACAAGCAGCAGGAGGUCAUCGCAGACAAGCAGAUGAGCGUCAAGGAGGACCUUGAUAAGGUGGAGCCUGCCGUCAUUGAGGCCCAGAAUGCUGUGAAGUCCAUCAAGAAGCAGCACCUGGUGGAGGUGAGGUCCAUGGCCAACCCUCCUGCUGCUGUGAAGCUGGCGCUGGAGUCCAUCUGCCUGCUGCUGGGCGAGAGCACCACAGACUGGAAGCAGAUCCGCUCCAUCAUCAUGAGGGAGAACUUCAUUCCCACCAUCGUCAACUUCUCGGCGGAGGAGAUCAGUGAUGCCAUAAGGGAGAAGAUGAAGAAAAACUACAUGUCCAACCCCAGUUAUAACUAUGAAAUUGUCAACCGCGCUUCCCUGGCUUGCGGCCCCAUGGUGAAGUGGGCAAUUGCCCAGCUGAAUUAUGCAGACAUGUUAAAGAGAGUGGAGCCCCUGAGAAAUGAGCUGCAGAAGCUGGAAGACGAUGCCAAGGACAACCAGCAGAAAGCCAAUGAGGUGGAGCAGAUGAUCCGGGAUCUGGAGGCCAGCAUCGCCCGCUACAAGGAGGAGUACGCAGUCCUCAUCUCAGAGGCCCAGGCCAUCAAGGCAGACCUGGCAGCUGUCGAAGCAAAAGUAAACCGGAGCACUGCGCUUCUCAAGAGCUUAUCUGCUGAAAGGGAGCGUUGGGAAAAGACAAGUGAGACUUUCAAGAACCAGAUGUCCACCAUUGCUGGCGACUGCCUCCUGUCCGCGGCCUUCAUUGCUUACGCAGGGUACUUUGACCAGCAGAUGCGCCAGAACUUGUUCACCACCUGGUCUCAUCACUUACAGCAAGCCAACAUCCAGUUCCGCACAGACAUCGCCAGGACAGAGUAUCUCUCCAACGCUGACGAGCGCCUCCGCUGGCAAGCCAGCUCCUUACCUGCUGACGACCUGUGCACAGAGAACGCCAUCAUGCUAAAGCGGUUCAAUAGGUACCCACUGAUCAUUGACCCCUCGGGACAGGCCACAGAAUUCAUCAUGAAUGAGUAUAAGGACCGGAAGAUCACAAGGACCAGCUUCUUGGAUGAUGCCUUCCGGAAGAAUUUGGAGAGUGCCCUGAGAUUUGGCAAUCCCCUUCUCGUCCAGGACGUGGAGAGCUAUGAUCCGGUCUUGAAUCCAGUGCUGAACCGCGAGGUCCGACGGACAGGAGGGAGAGUGCUGAUCACCCUCGGUGACCAGGACAUCGACCUGUCACCGUCCUUUGUCAUCUUCCUGUCUACCCGAGACCCAACCGUGGAGUUCCCACCAGAUCUCUGCUCCCGGGUCACCUUCGUGAACUUCACAGUCACACGGAGCAGUUUACAGAGCCAGUGUCUCAAUGAAGUGCUAAAAGCAGAAAGGCCCGACGUGGAUGAGAAGCGCUCUGACCUCCUGAAACUACAAGGGGAGUUCCAGCUGCGUCUACGGCAGCUGGAAAAGUCUCUGCUGCAAGCUCUCAACGAGGUGAAAGGCCGCAUUCUGGAUGACGACACCAUCAUAACCACCCUGGAAAAUCUCAAGCGGGAAGCUGCCGAGGUCACCAGAAAAGUGGAGGAGACAGACAUCGUCAUGCAGGAGGUGGAGACCGUGUCCCAGCAGUACCUGCCACUGUCCACUGCUUGCAGCAGCAUCUACUUCACCAUGGAGUCCUUGAAGCAGGUUCACUUCCUCUAUCAGUACUCACUACAGUUCUUCCUGGACAUCUACCACAAUGUGCUGUACGAGAACCCGAACCUGAAGGGCGCCACAGACCACACGCAGCGCCUCUCCGUCAUAACCAAGGACCUCUUCCAGGUGGCAUUUAACCGAGUGGCUCGAGGCAUGCUGCAUCAGGACCACAUCACCUUCGCCAUGCUGCUGGCGAGGAUCAAGCUGAAAGGCACCAUGGGGGAGCCCACCUAUGAUGCAGAGUUCCAGCACUUCCUCAGAGGGAAGGAGAUUGUACUGAGUGCUGGCUCCACCCCCAAAAUCCAGGGUCUGACCGUGGAGCAGGCGGAAGCAGUUGUGAGGUUGAGCUGUCUGCCUGCCUUUAAAGACCUGAUUGCCAAGGUUCAGGCAGAUGAGCAGUUCGGCAUUUGGCUGGACAGUAGUUCACCAGAGCAGACUGUGCCGUACCUCUGGAGCGAGGAAACACCUACAACUCCCAUCGGGCAGGCCAUCCACCGCCUACUCCUGAUUCAGGCUUUCCGGCCCGACCGCCUGCUGGCCAUGGCCCACAUGUUUGUUUCCACAAACCUCGGGGAGUCCUUCAUGUCCAUCAUGGAGCAGCCACUGGACCUCACCCACAUUGUGGGCACAGAGGUGAAGCCAAACACACCUGUCCUGAUGUGCUCUGUGCCUGGGUAUGAUGCCAGUGGGCAUGUCGAGGACCUGGCAGCUGAGCAGAACACACAGAUCACUUCUAUUGCCAUUGGCUCAGCUGAAGGCUUUAACCAAGCAGAUAAGGCAAUCAACACUGCUGUGAAGUCAGGCAGGUGGGUGAUGCUGAAGAAUGUGCAUCUGGCCCCAGGGUGGCUAAUGCAGCUGGAGAAGAAGCUGCACUCCCUGCAGCCCCACGCCUGCUUCCGACUUUUCCUCACCAUGGAGAUCAACCCCAAGGUGCCAGUGAACCUGCUCCGUGCAGGCCGAAUCUUUGUGUUUGAGCCACCACCUGGGGUGAAGGCCAACAUGCUGAGGACAUUCAGUAGCAUCCCCGUCUCUCGGAUAUGCAAGUCUCCGAAUGAGCGUGCCCGCUUGUAUUUCCUGCUGGCCUGGUUCCAUGCCAUCAUCCAAGAGCGCCUGCGCUAUGCUCCUCUGGGGUGGUCAAAGAAAUACGAGUUUGGAGAGUCGGACCUUCGAUCAGCUUGUGACACGGUGGACACGUGGCUGGAUGACACAGCCAAGGGCCGCCAGAACAUCUCACCUGAUAAGAUCCCAUGGUCUGCCCUGAAGACCUUGAUGGCCCAGUCCAUCUAUGGUGGCCGCGUGGACAAUGAGUUUGACCAGCGUCUGCUCAAUACCUUCCUGGAGCGGCUGUUCACAACCCGGAGUUUCGACAGUGAAUUCAAGCUGGCCUGCAAGGUUGAUGGGCACAAGGACAUCCAGAUGCCUGACGGUAUCAGGCGCGAGGAGUUUGUGCAGUGGGUGGAGCUGCUGCCUGACGCCCAGACGCCCUCGUGGCUGGGCCUGCCCAACAAUGCCGAGAGGGUCCUGCUUACCACUCAAGGUGUGGACAUGAUCAGUAAGAUGCUGAAGAUGCAGAUGCUGGAGGACGAGGAUGACCUGGCCUACGCGGAGACGGAGAAGAAGACAAGGACGGACUCCACAUCCGAUGGGCGUCCAGCCUGGAUGAGGACGCUGCACACCACAGCAUCUAACUGGCUGCACCUCAUCCCACAGACGCUGAGCCCACUUAAGCGCACGGUGGAGAACAUCAAGGACCCUCUGUUUAGGUUCUUUGAGAGAGAGGUGAAGAUGGGAGCCAAGUUACUCCAAGACGUGCGCCAGGACCUGGCUGAUGUGGUCCAAGUGUGCGAGGGGAAAAAGAAGCAGACCAACUACCUGCGCACACUCAUCAACGAGCUGGUGAAAGGGAUCUUGCCUCGGAGCUGGUCCCAUUACACGGUGCCGGCAGGCAUGACGGUGAUCCAGUGGGUGUCGGACUUCAGUGAGAGGGUCAAACAGCUGCAGAGCAUCUCACAGGCCGCCGCGUCCGGGGGGGCCAAGGAGCUAAAGAACAUCCACGUGUGCCUGGGGGGCCUGUUUGUGCCCGAGGCCUACAUCACUGCCACCAGACAAUAUGUAGCACAAGCCAACAGCUGGUCCCUGGAGGAGCUGUGCCUGGAAGUCAAUGUCACCGCCUCACAGAGUGCCUCCCUUGAUGCCUGCAGCUUUGGGGUCACGGGUCUGAAACUUCAGGGGGCCACAUGCAGCAACAACAAGCUCUCGCUCUCCAACGCCAUCUCCACCGUCCUCCCGCUGACGCAGCUCCGCUGGGUGAAGCAGACCAAUACCGAGAAGAAGGCUAAUGUGGUGACCUUGCCCGUCUACCUGAACUUCACUCGGGCAGACCUUAUCUUCACCGUGGACUUUGAAAUUGCUACAAAGGAAGACCCUCGAAGCUUCUACGAGCGUGGAGUUGCAGUUCUGUGCACAGAGUAAAGCUAGACUUUUCUCGGAUCCUCUUUCUGGAAUAGUAAAACCCUGUAUUUAACAUUCAUUCAUCCUUAAAUGUUGGGGAAGUUUGAUGGACUGUGAAAAGAAAGUGGUUGGUCUGCGCUGGAGAAAGUGAGGGGCUGUGGUGGGAGCGGAGAGCUGUGGUGGGGACGGAAAGAUGAAAGCGUGUUGUUUCUAGACGGCUAUGGAACGGCUUGUUUUGUUAUAAAACACUAAGCAUGACAGG